AUGACGUACCUAAAAAUGGCAAAGAGUCCAUGCCUAAAGAGACUACGCCUCUCCAGGGCAACCAUCACAGAACUAUGUGCCCUAACGCAAGAUGACUUGCAUCCAUGGGGAAACAUUGGGCACGGUGUGCCAGUGGCAUUGAGGGUUACUGCAGCUGUUAACUUCUAUGCAGCCAGUUCCUUCCAGGGGUCUACAGGUGACGUAUGCAGCAUCUCCCAAGCAGCCACGCACUACUACAUCAAGGAUGUGAAAAAUGCACUGCAGAAGAGGACUGGAGAAUUCAUAAGAUUUUGGAUGGAUGAGGACAAUCAGGUGGGGUGGGCAAUGGGAUUCAUAGCCAUUUCUAUUUUUCCAUGUGUUCAAAGUGUAAUAGACUGCACCCAUGCUGCCAUCAAGGCACCAUCCAAGCUGCCUGCCCCAUUUAUUAACAGAAAGGGAUUCUAUUCUCUCAGUGUGAAGUUAAUCUAUGACCACAAGAAGCAAAUCUUGCAGGUGUGUGCUCGCUACCCUGGCAGCAACCACGAUGCUUAUGUGUUUCAACACUCGCAGAUGCCGCAGUCGUUUAUGCCAAGGCCACACAUCAGAGAAUUAAUCAAAGGUGACAGUGGCUACCCUUUUCACACAUGGGUGAUGGUACUGGUCAGAAACCCAGUGAGGCAGAAGAGGGUCAAUGCUAUUCAGGGCACAACAAGGAAUAUCAUAGAGCCAAUCAUCAGUCUGCUGAAGAUGCGUUUCUGCUGCCUUGAUCUGGGAGUGCACUCCAGUACGACCCAGUAA